UGGUCCCCAGUUCACUCGAGGAAGAUAAAGAGAGCGAAAGGGCGGGAGAACGAAUGGAGGUAAAAGAAAACCAAACUUGAAAAUGGCGAUUCCUGCAGAUCCAAGGGCUUUUGCAACACUAGGUUCUUGCUAUCCACGGCGUUCUCCGGCGUCCCUUCAUCCUCGUAAGGCGGACUUCUCUAGUUUUGUUCAUAGAAGAUAUGGAAAUAAAGGAACAAGGCCAAAAUGGCACACCAUGGCCCAUGAAAAUGAUAGCUUACAUAGUAUCUCCCUGGAAAAUGUUGAGAACUCAGCAAAAUAUGAACAAUCAUCAAAAUCCUUAAGCCAAGAAAGCUUCAUCCUCAGUUCCAUGAACAUGAACUUUUUGGAACGAUUAAAAUUGGCUUGGAGGAUAAUUUUUCCAUCAUCAGCACCUAAAAUGAAAUCUAAUGCCACAAUUGCCAAGCAGCGGUUAAAGAUGAUUCUCUUGUCAGAUCGAUGUGCAGUCAAUGAUGAAGCUAAACAAAAAAUUGUGGACAACAUCUUGAGUACUCUUUCAGAUUUUGUAGAAAUAGAUUCGGAAGAUAAAGUUCAAUUUAAUGUCUCUACUGAUUUAGAUCUCAGAACAAUUUACUCUGUAACUGUGCCGGUGCGAAGGGUGAAGGCUGAAUAUCAAGGCAGUGAGGAGGUUGGAGCAAUCACGAAUACAGACUUGAAAGAUGAUGGAGAAGAAUCUGGCUCUGCAGGUCUCAUUUUCGAUUCAUUAGUUGCAGAUGGAAAAGGUUCCUAGAUCUUGCUUCAUUGUCUCACUUUUGAUCACAUCAAACCGUAGUUCAUUUGGUAAAAUCUUUUAUUUGUUUGUUCUUGUUGUAGUAUAUUUAUUGUUCUUCGGACCAUAGCUAUUUCAUUUUCAUCGGUAAGCUGCUAACUACAAGACAUGCAUCCUCGUUUCUCUCUAUCUGAUUGAUUAGAAUAUGGUAUGUUGGGCAUGGCCAUUGAAUUAUAAAGAUGACUCUUGACCAAAAUUUAAAUCUAGAUAGAUUAGAUUUGGGGAGUGAAAUAGCAUUUGGAUUUUCUACUGAUGAGACUA